AUUUAUUUGGCGAACUAGCUAGGGUGCUAGCAGAUGUUUACAUUUUCCUGCGGCUGAAAAAAGUCCUGUGGUUGCCAUGGCUGCACCCCCAGUGGAGUACACUAUUGGGGGGGUGAAGAUAGGCUUCCCCUGCAAGGCCUACCCCUCCCAGCUGGCCAUGAUGAACUCUAUUGUUCGGGGGCUGAACCACGGGCAGCAUUGUCUCCUGGAGAGCCCCACAGGAAGUGGGAAGAGCCUGGCUCUCCUCUGCUCUGGCCUGGCCUGGCAGCAAGCUCAGCAUGCUAAAGCGCAGCAGGACAGCAGCCCUCAGGAGUCCUGUAAGAAACCAGAUAUGACCACGCCCUGCCAGUGCACCUGCCACACUAGCCCUCCCAGAGCUCCCAGCAUUCCAGAAGCCAAGCCGCCCACUGUGGACCUCACAGGUGCAGACACAGUGGAGGGGAGUGCUGCUGCAGGCCCCCCUCCUGAGGAGUACACCCCCCGAAACCACACACUGGCCUCGCGCCUGUCGCAGAAGCUCCGGGCCACUGCUGGGGCGCAGGGUGAUGAUGACGACUUCCUGCCCGACAGGAAACGCAUGCGCACCCCUGCAGCGGAUCAGAAGGGCAGGAAGCUGAGGUGCCUGGAGAAGGGGGUGGUGUUCCUGGAUGAUGAGUCUGAGGGAGAGAGGACGCCCACCAGGGCCCAAGCCUGGAGCCCGGAGCUCACCACCCAGACCGGGGCCGUCCCACCGCAGUCUGCCUGCUCCUCCCCCGUGGCCUGCUCCCUGUGCCCUUGCGCCGCUGCCCCGGGGGAAAGGAAGGCUCCGGAAAAGGGCAAGGAUCAGGAGAAGGAGUGCUGCCCGAAUAAGAAGAAGUCCAUUCCCAAAAUCUUCUUUGGGACUCGAACGCACAAACAGAUCACGCAGAUCACGCGGGAGCUGAGACGCACGCUGUACUCCAGCACGCCCAUGACCAUCCUGUCCAGCCGCGACCACAGCUGCGUGAACCCGGAGGUCAUCGCCCAGGGCAACCGCAACGAGCGCUGCAAGGAGCUGCUCGAGGCUAAAAACGGCCGUAGCUGCAGGUACUACCACAACGUGAAUAAGAUGCAGGACCAGGGCGCGCUGCAGUGGACCCACGGGCUGCACCAGGCCUGGGACGUGGAGGAGCUGGUGCGUCUGGGAGGCCGCCUGCGCUCCUGUGCCCACUACGCUGCCCGUGAACUGAUGAAGGGAGCCAACAUCAUCUUCUGCCCCUACAACUACCUACUGGACCCACUCAUCCGAGAGUGUAUGGAGAUUAACCUGAAGGGGCAGGUGGUGGUGCUGGAUGAGGCCCACAACAUAGAGGACUGUGCGCGGGAGAGUGCCAGCUACACCCUGGAGCAGAGUCAGCUCCUUGCUGCCCGCAAUGACAUCGAUGCCAUGGUGACCCACAACAUCCGCCCCGCCCCCCACAAGGCUCUACUUGCCUUCUGCUGCAGCCUGCUCAACUGGAUACAGGAGAGCUGUAGUUCUCUGCAGGAGAGGGGGUAUGAGAGCUCCUGCAAGGUGUGGACUGGGACAGAGGUGGUGGGAAUCUUCCACGGCCUGGGAAUCACCCCGGGCACCUUCCCCAUGCUUCAGAUGCACCUGGUGGCCGUAUUGGAGAAGGAGGAGCAGGUGGGCGUGGUUAACGGGAGGGAGGACACAGUGCAGGUCCCCAUAAUCACCUCCCAAACGCAGACCACCCUCAAGAGCCUCUUCAUGGUGUUGGAGUACCUGUUCCGACACAAGUGCAAGUUUGCGGAGGACUACCGUGUGGCGCUGCAGCAGACCUACGCCUGGACCACGCAGCCCGACCUGCCCGACGCCCGCGGAUUCUUCGCCCGCCCCCAACGCCGUCGCCUAGGCAACCGCACCAAGACCAUGGUGCACACGCUCAGCUUCUGGUGUCUGAACCCUGCUGUGGCGUUCUCAGACCUGAGUGGGUCGGUCCACUCCAUUGUGCUGACCUCGGGCACGCUGUCUCCCAUGGGCUCCUUCUCCUCCGAGCUGGGGCUCCCCUUCCCCAUCCAGCUGGAGGCCAGCCACGUCAUCAACAAGUCCCAGGUGUGGGUGGGGACCGUGGGGGCGGGCCCUCAGGGCCGGAAGCUGUGUGCCACCUUCCAGCACGCAGAGACGUUUGCCUUCCAGGACGAGGUGGGGGGUCUGCUGCUGCGGGUCUGCCAGACCGUGGGGCACGGCGUCCUCUGCUUCCUGCCGUCCUACAAGAUGCUGGAUAAGUUGCGGGAGCGCUGGACUAACACAGGGCUGUGGGAGAAGAUGGAGGAGGUGAAGACUGUGAUCACCGAGCCAAGGGGCGGGGCUAAGGGCGACUUUGAUGAGCUGCUGCAGACGUACUACAGCGCCAUCCGGAGUCCAGGGGACAGAGAGGGGGCGCUGCUGAUGGCCGUGUGCCGGGGGAAGGUCAGCGAGGGGCUGGACUUCACCGACGACAACGCCCGCGCCGUGGUGACCAUUGGAAUCCCCUUCCCCAACAUCAAAGACCUGCAGGUGGAGCUGAAGAUGAAGUAUAAUGACCAGCACUGUAAGGCCCGCGGUCUCCUGCCUGGCGGCCGCUGGUAUGAGAUCCAGGCCUACCGUGCCCUCAACCAGGCUCUGGGCAGGUGUAUCCGACACAAGAAUGAUUGGGGUGCUCUCAUAUUGGUUGAUGACCGCUUCAGGUGUAACCCCAACAAAUACAUUACAGGGUUGUCGAAGUGGGUGCGUCAGCUGGUCCAGCACCAUGACACGUUCAGUGGGGCCAUGCAGUCUCUGGCGUCCUUCUCGCAGUGCCAGCAGGGGGCAGCAGUGAGUCAGGCGAAUGGAGCCAGUCCUGAGAGGCAGAAAGAGCCUCCCCCCUGCCCUGCUGUGUGCCCCUCUCCCCAGCUCCAGCACCCGGACCCCCCCACAACAGCGGACCCCCCUGCAGAGACCCAAACCAAAGGUGACCAGAUGGCCCCAGGUUGUGACUCACACGAACGACACCCAGCUCAUAGGGGGGCGAGUAAGGGUGGGGCCCUGGCUCCCCCACGCCUUGUCCACCCCCUUUUCACGUCUUCUCCCGUCUCCGCGCCCUUCAGGAGACCCCUGUUCAAGGCCAGGGGGGGCCCAGACUGUGGGCAGGGUGGGGCUUGGCCCCCGGGGGACAGCAGGACGGAUUGUGUUGGGGGGUGCGGGCGGGACAGUUUGGCUGCAGACAGAGAUAGGGAUGGAGACAGCGAAGAGCAGGAAGUAGUGAGGUCAUGUGCACAGUUGAAGCUGUCUCCUGUGAGGGCUCCCCCUUGUGGCCCCCCGCAGAACAACGCCGAUGUGGAGGUCUUCCCCACGGAAGACGAGGAGGAUCAGUCUAUGUUCUUCACACCAGAGCUGUUUGAGGAGGAGGAGGAGGAGGAGGAGGCAGAGAAAGAGGUGGGGAAGUGCCCCCCACCUGGCCCGGCCCCCUCCGUGGCUGACCCGCCCCCCCGAGGCGUGUCUCCUCCUCUCUCUAACGGGGCGGUCCCGGCGUUAUCCGAGGAUCUGUUUGGCGGGAGGCCGGUCACUCCCCCGGGCGGCCAGCAGGGCGGCGGUGUUGCUGUGGUAACGGGGCCGGCCAGUGUGAGGGAUAGCUCAGGACAGGAAGUCCCGGCCCAGCCCAGCAGGGCGACCAAUCGCAGGACUAGCAGGCUCUCCAGGUCUAGACAGAAAGGUGUUCCCUCAUCAGCAGGUAAACUUACCUCAUACUUCCCCCCUCUCUCCCCAGCCAGUUCUUCCCAGGUCAUCCUAAUAGAAGAUUAAAGCAGGGAAACACAUUUGGCCCAUAACGCUCUGGGGGAGUUUUAUUCAGGGGGAGGAGGCAGGAGAGGGCUUCAAAAUGGCCAAAUCACAGCCACAGGCUGGUUUUUAUCAUGCACUUAUCCGCAGAAAUAUUCCAUAUUGUUUUACGACAGCAAAUACUCAUGUUUGUUUGGAAUUGGGUGUUUUGGAGAGGGGUUAGGGAACUGGAGUGUUUUCAUACAGAGCUGUAAUUUUAAAUUGAAAUUAAGUGCCUUUGGGAUUUAACCAUACACCUUUUCGAUGUGAACUGACGGGUACCGGCAUGAUUUGGGAUCAUGGAUUUGAGAAGAGGAAACUGCAAGAAACAUUUCUAAAACCCAAACCCUUCUGAGAGAGGGCCAAGAGCAGCAGCUCUUGGUCAUGAACUCUUAAGUAAUGUUCCCACAGCUGUUAAUUAUGUAUCUGUACCAAUAAAAUAUGUGUGUUGUAUGUUUAAUAUGUUCGGUGUAUGUUGUAUGUUGUUUUAAUGUGUUUGGUGUUGUCAUGUUUCCAUAUGAGUGUUUGUAAGUCUGCUGCAGACGAUGUGCCGCUUAUGAGUUUGUUCUUUUUUAUUGUGUAGAAUACACAAAUCAAAUGACUGAUUCA